AUGAUUAAUGAUCAAACUAAAACAAAUGGUUUUAUACUUAGUUCGGCAUCUCUUGGCUUUAGUACAUUUGCAUGUUUGAUCUCAUCCAUAGUUUUUCUUAUUAUUAUAUAUCAUCUCUGUUAUAAUCAUGUUAAACGUGAAGAUAAAACAACUGUUGUUCUUUGUGGUCAUAUUUAUUUAACAAUUUUAAUAUAUUCAGCAUUGUUAAUAUCAAUGAGUGUUCGAUCAAUACUGGGAUAUUUAGCUGUUAUAUUGCUUGGUAUGCUACACAUGAAUUUUCUAAAUCAGGCAUUCUAUCGUCUUAUUCGAAUUGCUUAUUCUCAAAAUAGACGAUUUCAGUCUUUAAAAUUAUAUAUGAUUUUGCCAAUUAUAGAAAUAAUAAUACUAACAUGUAUUCUUCUAUGUAUUCUUAUGCCUUUGAAUGGUGUAACAUAUUUACCAAACGAUCACUUUUGUCAUCCAACAUUCACAAAUAUUCCUGGUGUUCUCUCGACAGCAUUUGUUAUUUAUGUAUGUCCAUUUUGUUGUUUAUUAUUUAUUUAUCUACAUAUAACAAGAUUUAUUCAUCAGCAAGGAACUAAACAAACACUAGUAAUCAAACAAAGACAAGCUCGAGAUCUACUUAUUAUUCGACGUAUUUUAAUAAUUGUUAAUUUAUUACUUAUUAUUGGAAUACCUGCAUUGGUUCUUAUAUUUAUGUUUAUUAUAACAGGUGAAGAGCAUCCAUUACUUGCUCGAAUCACAUUUUUCCCAAUUAGCGUCUCUCAAGCAGGAUUGAGUGUAGCAUUACUAUUUACUAUUACACAACUAAAAAAUAUUGUGCUGAACUUACGAAAAACAAGCACAGUGACACCUGUCACUCGAGCUGUUCAGGGCACAGUACAAGUGAACACGAUUACUGGUACUCAAUAA